CGGUGCCAUCGCCUCCUCGUCUGCGUCCUCCUUCCUUCAAGUCUCAUAGCCUCCCUUCCCUUCUUCCCUGCCCCCUCUCGUGAUCUUCUCUUCGAACCCCCUCCUCAAACCUGAACCAUGGCGCGGCUUGCUCGACGCUGUGGUGCGCUGUUUGCGGUGCUGCUGAUGCUGUUGGUGGCGCUUGCCAGCAAGCAUGCGCUUGUCUCCGCCGCCAGCAACAGCACGACGACCGCAAUACCGACCACGACAACUACCACCACCACACCCAUCGUCUGCCAAAGCGCAUCUGAACAAGCUUGUGCUCGAAAGGGAAGGAUGCCAUGCCGGAAUGAUCCGAAUGUGUGUGGCCCUUGCCUGCGAGACCAUCCGUACGCUGCUCGUGGGGGCGAUCCAACGCAGGACGGCAACUCCAACUGCACCUCACGCAUUGAUCGGCCCAAAAUCGCUACGGAGCAGGGUCACAUUGUUGCAGACGCCCUGAGCGGCGACAUCUUCCUGCGUUUCUUGAAUGGCCAAGAACUCUCCGUGUCUUCGCUGGCAGCGCUUCACACGAACAUGCAGAACGAGCUGUCGCUGGCGCUGGAUGACCUCAGGGGCGAGUUUGCCACGAAGCUGGCUGAGCUUGAGGCCCAGUACAAGGCUGAGAUUCAAUCUCUCAGAAUCGCCCUACAGCGCUCAAACAGUUCGCUGGAGUCUGAAAUUGAAACACUCGACUCAAGCAAAGCAGAUGUUGCGGACGUGCAUCGCGUGGAGAGUAGCAUCGAAAGUGUCCAAAGCAGCGUCAUCAGCAUUAACAGUGCGCUGAACAACAAGGUUGAUCUUGAAGGCCAGGCCUCGCUUGAAACAGCGCUGCGCUCCGACAUCUCCAUCGUUGCCUCAGAUGGGCAGGACACCGCAAAUGCUCUUGAGGGUUUGUUGGAGACAGCCGCGCGGGUCACGGAUGUUGAGGCAUCAUUCGAGGAGUUGCGAAUGGACAUUUCGGAAGUAUCGACAGCGGAGCGCAACACGGCGUCGCUCUUUGAUGGACUCAUCGUCAAGAUUUCGGCACAGAGCUCUGGGCUUUGCAGUGGCUCGGCGCGACGCUUGUGGAUCAACGACGAGCCUUACACCUGGACGUCGUCUUGGAGCCGUGGCAUCAACACCGUGGAGUUCCACCCAACGACCAUGCAAGUCGUGCGUGAGCAGAACUUUGACACUUGCUGUGGAUCCUCCCCAGCAACGGAAGCUGAUCGCCUCACACAGUACAUCAACGGCCUGGCGGAGGGCGUGCCAGUCGUGUUUGUGAUCCACGAUGAAGGUAUCAGCGCUGCCGAUGACGAGCUGAAGUCAGCCAUCGAGAGCAUGGGCAGCCGGUACAUCCGUACCAUCACCUACAGAGAGUCGUGGGCCAUGAUUGGAAUCAAGGGGGCGUUUCCCGGCACUGUUCCGGAGGCGUACGGCUCCAAAGUGGACGACCCCGGAUGCACACGUGAUCCACCUGUCCAGGACGAAACAGCAAUCAUUUCGCAGUUGUUCUUUGCUGGCAAGCUCGCUCCUUUCAACCAAGAGCUUGCACGUCGCUCGUACGCCAAUGGCCUGGAACGCUUCCGCAAGCGUUCGUCGUCGACGUGGGAUGCGAUGGUGUGGGGCGGGUACAUCAGCGGAGACGUGGCGGGUAUUGCUGAGCUUGGGACUAUUCCAAGGACCUCCAAUUACCAGCGAUACAUUGACAUCAAAGUGUACGGCUCCCAUCGCGGCUACAACGUCAACAGCUACUUCGAGUUCAAGCACUAUGUCAUCAUGUGCGGCGACAAGUGCUCUGCCGCCCUCAUUGACGCAGCAGGUCGAGGUACGGUGAGCCUCUACGACACGAUCCAUCACGACUCCAACACAUAUGCAGGCAAUGGUGACAUUGACAUCCCCCCAGAGGGUUUUGUGAUUGCGCUCCGAUUUACACCCGUCAUUGGCGCCAACUUUGACUACACGGUUGUGGUGAAUUACUAUGACUUUGACGAGUUCCACCCAAGCUUCGUUCCAUCAGACCAUCGCUGCUUCGACAUGAGAGGCAAUGCCGGCUAUUCCUACCCAUACGUCUCCUUCAAGUGCCGCGAUGUUUGAGCGUCACAUCACUUGCCACGUGAGACGUGCUCAGCUUGCGUGCUGUUUUGCUUUCUUUGCUUGUUUGUGUUUGUGUUUGUGUUGUGCUGUUCGUGCUUCGUUGCCUGUCUCCUCUCGCUCACUGUGGAGGGAGUGUGUGUUUGUUGUUUUUGGCCUUUCCUUCGCCUGGCUUGUUGACUUGCACUGUCUGUGUGUCGAGGGAUGGUGAGCUGUUCCUUCACAAUACAACACAAUAAAUGUGGUGA